CACGCGUUUCACUGAAUAGAACUCCAUGCACAAAGCCACGUAAAAGCUCUCUCUCUCUCUCCCUCCCAGAUCUCUCUAUCUCUCAAGUCUCUCUCUAGACGAAAAUUCUCCAACCAGAUGGUGAAACUCGCGACGGCGCGUGAGAUUAGAACGUACGGCCCUCGGCUCGGGAGGAGCAGAGCCGAGUACAUCAACGCAGGUCUAUACUUGUUCGCCACCGUUGUUCUCCUUGGUGGUUUCACGGCGACAGGAUUCUCGUGGGAACCAAGAUCCGGCCUGGCCCAUCUAGCUGGAAUUGAUUACCGGUUAAGGUUAAUGGAGUAUGAUUUGCAAUUGGGUCUAGUGGAAUUUGCAGUCCCUCUGGUUAAUGUAGCAGGCUCCGUAGUCUUCUUCGUGGGAAUCUUGUUCGUUUUCCAUCAGGCUGAGAAAAAACUUGGAUACAGUGGAAAAGAGAAGCAUACAUUAAACAUGCUUAUUGCGGGUCCGUUGCUUUGGGUGAUAGGAUCGCUUCACAACUCAUGCCAGAUCUACGAGAGAGCAGACAGUCACGUUCAAAUUCUACAACAAUCUGUUCACAUCCCUUUCUUGGUUGGAUCCCUUCUAUUCUUGGUUUCCGCAGUUCUCAAUAGCCUCGACCUAUCCGGGUCAUCACAUAGUGGCUUGAAGCUUCUUGGGGAAAGAUGGAUCUGGCUUGGGAUUUCCGGGGCAAUAUGUUUUUUUGUGGGAGGAUUGAUGAACGUUGUUAAGGUUUUUAACUUCGUUCAGAUCACUGGGCUUCGCCUAGAGAAACUACGAGGCGGAGCACAAGACCGGCUUCUCGAAGAGAGAGAAGGAUAUCUCCCUCUUGUUGCUGAAGAAGAAAGAAUAAGGAAAAUGGAAGCUGACGAAGCUAGUAGAGCUAAACCGCGGACCCAUUUAAUUUCCAAGGCCGGAGAGGGAACCGGAGCUGCUGAGACCGUAGUGACAUCUUCUCCGACACCAUACAAGGAUGUUCUCGUCCGACACAGCUGAGGAAUGUUAGUCAUGUUUAAAUGUUGUUUUUGUACUCCAUAUUCGUUUUUAUCUACGGAGACCACAGAUUUUACCGUUCAAAGAAUGCUACGAUUAGUUUCCUUUUUUGGUCCUGCCUUUAUGAAUAUUGGAAUGGGUUACAAUA